AUGCGUCUCCAGGUCAUCCGCGCCGAGGCGCUGUCGUCCACGGACUUGAACGGCAAGAGCGACCCGUUCGUGCGCGUGUUCUACGACGGCAAGGAGCUCGCGGCGUCGCCCAGCGUCAAGCGGUCGCUCAAUCCGCGCUGGGACUUUGACGUGGCCGUCACGCUCGUGCACGCCGGACCUCUGGACGUGGAGAUUGAAGUGGCGGACAAGGACGAGUUCACGCCGAGCGACCUCUUGGGCGCGCUCCGCGUGCCGUUCCCCCCGUGGCGCGAGCUCGUGGCCACGUACCAGCACCGCAAGCGCGAGGCGCUCGUCGCUUGUCCUCUCGAUGGGAAGGACACGGUGGCGGGCAAAGGGACCAUGACUGCAGGAGAGCUCGCGAGCGGCAAGAUGACGCACACGGCAAGUGACAGUGACGUCCCGAAGAUGGACACUGCUGCUCGGGGGGUGACGGACUUUUGGCACGGACGGUCCCGGUCGUUCAACUCGAGUGGGAGUUACUAUUGCCACGAUGAGACUCAAGAAAGUUGUACGUCGGCUGCAGCAGGUGGAGAGCUGGGAGGGGAGAAGGACGAGAUGGACAUUGAUCGCGUGUUUAUUUGGUGUCGAUUGGUCAAGGGCUUGGCAGCUCAGGGACGCAUUUUAUGCAGUGUCCAGUACGAAGAACGAGAUCUCAAGUACUUGGUGAACCACCCGUAUGGCACGAGCAUCCAGGAGGUGUUUCUCCCGCAGAACCCGAGGUUUGAACACGCUUAUUGCCAUUUACCACGGAGCUGGCAUCCGGAUGUUGCCGUGCGACAGGAUGAACUGACUGCGAUGCAUGCAGGUACACCCAAGGAUUGUCUGUUUCCGUGGCAUGAAAAGCUGCUGCAUAUGGUGGAGGAAGUGACGGUGACGUUCCAUGUGAAUGAGUCGAAUCAAGGCGUUCUUGCGACGUUGGUGUUGACCAAUUACCGCAUUUGGUUCGUCCCGUAUCGCAGAGUGAGAGGCUUGCUUCAUGAAGACGUCCACACGCUGCCAGUGAGCAAGAUUCUGAAGGCGACGAUUCAACAGCAGAAACGCAGCAACAACAAUGUUAUCACGGUUCUUAUUCUGGAUAACAUGGAUGCUGGACAUUAUCACGUGACGCUGUCGCCAAUUUCGCGGCUACGGAACUCAGUGCGCGACUUCUCGCGUGAGGCAGAGCUUAAGCGCGUCAAAACGCUGCACAAUAUUGUGCGUGAAAUUGACUGGCUGCGUAUUGAAAACAGCUUCUGCUCCCCAACGGACCGCAAUCACGUUGUAGCGACGGCGGACGAGAUGCAACUCGAGGAUGACUUGCUCCAUUACACACCCAAACACAGUAGCUCAUCAAUGCCGCCACCAAUGACACGAGCGCUUACAGCAAAUUUUAACAAGUACCAGAAGCGGACGUUUACUAAAGAGGCUAUGAGCAGUUCAGCGCUCACUGGCAGCUGUACGUCAAUGGAGCGCCCGAAGUUUAAACACCACCAGAGCGAGUCGGCUGUCGUUCCCCAGCUAACGCACGCAACAUCGAUGAGAAAACCCCCGCAGCAUUUCCAGCUUGCGGCCAGGAGACGUAUUCGAUACGACCCGGAAGCUGAGUUUGCUCGACAGGGCGCAUUGAAUCAUCCGCGCUGGCGCAAAUGUACUCUCAACGAAAAUUACCAAUUAUGCUCCACGUACCCAUCGUUUCUUAUGGUACCAGAGUCCUUAAACGAUGAGAUUAUAAAGGAAGCGGCCGGUUUUCGAAGCAAAAGCCGUUUUCCAGCUCUCAGUUGGAUACAUCCUCGCACAGGUGCUCCAUUGUGUCGCAGCAGCCAGCCCAACACUGGCGUCUUACGUAGCACGAAUCCAGAGGAUAAGAAGCUAAUUUGGGCCAUCCGGGAUGCGGCAAUCCCGGUAGACCAAGCUGCAAAAUCCAGGCACACGCUUCCGAAGAAGAAGAAUAGUGUCCUCCACAUUGUUGACGCCCGGCCGGAAAUCAACGCGAAGAGCAAUGCACUUGCUGGAAAAGGCCAUGAGUCAGUGAAGCAGUACGAUCGGGAUGGAAUACCUAUGGCCGCGAUUACUUUUAUGGGAAUUGAUAACAUUCACGUAGUGCGCAACUCACUCGCUGGUCUAGCACAGGCUCUGUACGAGGUGGAGGACUCUAACUUUUUCGGUGCUGUGCAAAAGAGCCGUUGGUUGGAGCACAUUUGCAGUAUUCUUCAGGGCGCGACCGAGGUGGCGACGCAUCUUGAGCGUGGUGAGGCUGUUCUGGUACACUGUAGCGAUGGGUGGGAUCGCACGGCACAGCUCUCUUCCCUUGCCCAGAUAAUGUUGGAUCCAUAUUACAGGACACUUGAAGGCUUCGCACAACUUUGUGAAAAAGAUUGGUGUUCUUUUGGCCAUAACUUCCAGCGCCGCUGCUCACAUCCUACUUCCGAUCAGACGUCGCCGAUUUUCUUGCAAUUUAUUGAUGCUGUGUAUCAGCUUACACUGCAGUUUCCAACGCAUUUCCAGUUUAAUGAGCUACUUCUCUCGUCCGUUGCUGAAGCCGUUUACUCGUCAUGGUAUGGCACCUUUCAGAAGAAUUCUGAAUGCGAGCGGCGCCUUUUCUUGUCAAGUGUCGCGAGCGUCAGUGUGUGGGAUGUGAUUCGUGCCACCACGGAUCAAUUUCUGAACCCGCUAUUUGCAGGCAGGGGCGUACACGCGUCCAAAGGUAGUGGAUCAUAUAUGGAGCCGAUGUUGCCUGUAUGUCGAGUCCGUGUCAUGCAACUUUGGGUCAGCCAAUAUCAGAAGGCGAUUGGUCAUAUGCGCUUACAGCAGCGAGAAUUUGAGAUGCUGCAGCUGAUUCGGCAGCAAGAAGCAGACCUGUCACGACUAUAUGCGGCGCUGACUAACGACCAGCACCUUGAGCUUCGAGCAGGACAGAUUCGGUCUGAUAUCGCGAAGCUAUCACGAAGUAUGAAUUUGAAGUAUCCUGAUGCCCCAGUGACGCCGUUAAAAGAGCCUGGAAGGAAAGGACUCAUGUCUAGUUUCGGUGGAGAUACGCAUCGUAGCUUUGGCGAGCUUCCAAUCUCAGGGUCUCUCGAUUUCCACGAUCUAGCCAGUAUAGUAGCUAUGGGUACGGCAGGAGCUUCAGCGCGGGCAGCGACAUCGGCUUCGUCUCCAGCUGGAGAGCACACGACAAUGAUGCAGAUGUUACACUGUGGGAACCUUGAUGCUUCUCCUGGUCCUCUAUCGUCUAAUGUGGCGGGGGCGCCACUGCAGUCAACCAAUCUACCAACUACUCGACGACGCAGGUCCCUUACGAGCCGUUCACGAAGUAACAGCCUGAAGAGUACCCUCAUCAAUGUGGUCGCACAGAUGAAGGGAGGCUCUCAGGACAAAGAAGUGGACGAAACAGAGGACGUUGGUUCUGCGACCGUGCCCAAUCCAAUCCGUGUAAGUGAAGGUCGCCGUAACCAGUGUUCGAACUCGCCGUCCCGCCGAGAGGAACUCAAACGUGACCUUCGUCACCUCGAGUCCCAGCUGUCUAAGCUUGAUCACCAGGUGGCGAUCAAAGAGAACGCAGCGAAACAGACAUUGCGACGUUUCCGCUGCUACAAUUACAAUCUUCCAGAGACGGCGCUGCGCACCGAGAAAGAUACGUUUUCUCCCAGCAGUGGGACGAAGGUUCGACUUGGCGGUUCGAAUGGAGUGAGCAAGUCGUAUCAUUCUCCAAGGACUUCGUCACCGCCAUCCUCUUCCUCUUCGCCACGCUCGGUUUCAACAUCUGUCUCUGCAGGAGUUAGUGGUGACUUGGGUGACUCGAGCUCGGUGGACUUGGACCAUCGCGAUUUUGCACCUGGAAGUUCGCCAUUAUUGGGAACCGACAAAGUGAUUUCUGGUGGAAACUUUUUGAAUUCUCAGCCUGUGUGGGAGCGCGACGAAGAUGCUACGUGUUGCAAGCGUUGCAAGAAGAAAUUCAAGACAAUCUUACGCAAUCGACACCAUUGCCGCUGCUGCGGGUACGUCUUCUGUGGUCGAUGCACAAGUCAUCGCAUGAGUCUCCCAGAUUUCGGAUACUACGACGUCGUACGUGUGUGCAAGGUUUGUUACAACUCGGGCGAAGACGGAUAA